AUGGUUGGAAAGCGCGAACUAGAGCCUGAGAACGAUAGCCAGGGCACAAGUCCUGCAAAGAUUGCGGAGUCCAAGUCAGAGGAAAAAGCAACAGAAACCUCGCCGCCAGUGACCAAAAAAGCCAGAGUUGAAUCCACCGUGGAAUCCAAAUCUGCAAAACCAGAUUCAACUUCAACAUCAACAUCCGAGAAAUCCAACCUUGAAGACAAAGAAUCAGAAAAGGACGCCACGAAGAAGAAGCAAGACGCAGAAAAAUCAAGUCAGGAAGCCCAAGUACGGCACGAGGCACUUUCGACUAAUGCCGUUGUUAUUUUCGGGCUCCAUCCAUUGGUAACAAAAGAUGAGAUGACUGAGGUGAUGUCGAAAUACGGGAAAGUGGAACGCAUCGAAACAAGGAGGGCAUUUGCCAGCACAUACUGCUUUUGUGACUUUGAAACUGCCAAGGAAGCGGAAGAAGCAAUCAAAAAUCUCAACGGCUCGAGUCUGAAGGGGAAGGAACUAAUUGUGAAGCUAGCGAAUGACAAUGCAUCGCGAUCGAAACCGUUCAACGGUAAGCAAGAAGGAUGA